AUGUCUUUUGAGAUUAUUGUCCCCUCCGAGAAUGACGCCCCCAGCAUGGCCAGUGUCCAUUUGGACGCAAUGGACCCCAAUUUGCUGAUGCAUGCCCAAUUUCCGAACAUUGAGAGCCUGGAAUUCCUUCGAGGUUGGCUUUGCAGAGAGACGAUGGAUCACGUCCGCAGCGACGACAAGGGCGUCCUCAUCGCCCGAGACACAGACACCGGAAAGAUAUUGAGCUUUGUCAAGUGGGCAAUUCAUGGCCUGCGGCAAACGCGGUCGGACAGCGAAGACGAAUUCCCGGCUUGUUGCCGGCGGGAGUAUCUCGACUCAUAUGCAGCUCUCACCAAAGAAGCAAGAGUCAAGGUGCUCGGUGAUAAGCCGCAUUACCGAGCUGCUUCUGGACUUCUUCGACGAGUUCAGACCGAGGCAGCAGCCGACAAUGCAGCAGUUAUUCUUGAGGCUACCAUGAACGCCGUAACCUUUUAUGAGAGGCUCGGCUUCAAGGUCCAAGAGAAACUCGAAAUGACUCUACCAGCACGAGGAUCCAGCGAGCCAACCGAGCUCUACGAGGAGAGGACCAUGGUCUGGGCGCCUUAG